GAGAGGGGGUGGUGGGGUUGCUAGCAACCCCUAGUUUUGACCUUCCACGCAUGCUUGUGUCCUUUGAAAGUUGGCUUGCUUUCAUUAAGCCACUCGGAGGCAUGCUACAGUGCUACAGUUUGGCUAACUAGAAACCCCCGUUGGCAUCUUUAUGGGACUUUUCCUGUUUUUUCCCUCUGUAUUUCUUCCGCAAACACUAAUGUCUUCGGAUUUAGCCAAUUAGGCGUCUUUUGCCAUGCCGCAAUUGAAUAAUUUAAAACAUUUGUAAGAUAUCUCUGAUGUUGGAAUGGAAUAAUUUGUGUGCAUAUAAAAGAGGAAUAAAUGCCAAUGCUAUUAUUUAGUUGAAAGUGAUUUAACGUAUUUCAUAUUUGCGCUCUCCGCGCCCCUCCCCCCCCGGGCCCCCUAAGUCCAGAACACAGACCACCGUAAUUAGACUCAAUGUGCACUGCCACACUGUGGUGUGACAGUACUUGUUUGUCAUUAGUACAUAUAACUAGUCAUUUGGGUAAUGACUUCUAGGUUGACUUCUUAAUUUUGCAUAGACAUUUCUUAUAUGUAAAUAUUGGGUCAAUUUCCAUAAUGUGCCUUUUUUUUUUUUUAUUCCUGGUAGAAUAAUUGAUGCAUCUUUAAAGCUGUGUAAAUUUUGGUCUUUAAAUGGCUGUUUAUAUAGUUAUAACAUCAAUACCCUUUAUUAUUAUCGCAAUUAAAUAUGUAUUAUUAACGUAUGUUGUGAAAUAUUUAUAAUGUCAUGUUAACAUUGGGCAAUAUAAUGAGAAGCCAUUUGUUUUCAAUUAUUCUGAAAUAAAGUAAAGGGUUAGGGUUAAACGCAUGAUGAUGAUAAUAAUCUGUUAUUUUUGGAAGUUGAUAUAUUAAAGACCCCCAACAUUGUAGUAAUGACUGCAGUAGUACAUUAACAGGCAAGGAGUGGACUGUGUAUAUUCCCUCCCCAGUUGCCUUAGCGUUGCACCUCGCAUGUGAGUAACCCCAUCCCCCGGUUGUCCAUCUCUGUCUCAGGCCUGGAGCUCCCCUUCAUGAUGAUGCCCCAUCCGUUGAUCCCCGUCAGCCUGCCGCCCGCCUCCGUCACCAUGGCGAUGAGCCAGAUGAACCAUCUCAGCACCAUUGCCAACAUGGCGGCCGCAGCCCAGGGCCAGAGCCUGCCCUCCAGAAUGGUCACCUCUGUGAUAAAGAUGUUGGGGUUCCAGGAUCGUGUGCCGGACAGUCCGUCCCCGGCGCCCUCUCUGGAGGACCACAGGAGGCCCGGCAGCCACCCGUCUUCCCACCGGAGCAGCAGCGUCUCCAGCUCCCCGGCCCGCACCGAGAGCUCCUCAGACAGGAUACCGGCACACCACAACGGCCUGUCCAUGAACCACGCCCUGCUAGGCCUCUCCCCCAACAUGCCCCCCGGGCCCAAAGAGGGGGACCUGGCCCACGACAUGAGUCACGAAGCAAAGAGGAUGCACCAUGAAAAAGGUCAGUCCACCUCCCAAGUUUUACGAAAAGUUAAGAUGUCUGGAAGGUAAUUUCGCAGACGCUUUAGUCCAAAGCGCCUUGAAGACAGACACUACUAAAGGAGCAGUUAGGGGUAAGUCAUUUUGUUCAAUGGUGCUCGGAGGAUGCAUUGAAAUUGGUCAUCCGUUGAAAGAAAAUUGAACAGUCACCUAUAACAGUAUUUACAUUGCGAUAACACAAGGUAAAUACACCUCCAUUUCAGGCAUUUAACAACACAAGUGUUUAUUUUCCAUGACUUAUUAGUUGGGUCAUUGCAAUUUGAAUAUUAAACUCAAACUGUCUCCAUCUUGGUCCAUCUCUGAGCAGACUUAGUAUGAGCUUGACAUGAGACCUUGACACUAUUACAAGCUCAGCCAAGAAGCCGGUAUGUGCUUUUGUCACCUCGGCCGUCUUGGUUCCGUGUUGGUUCUCAACGCUAGCUGGGUGGGGGUACUGAAUGGGGAAUUUCUCAUUAAGAGCCAAGAUGGCCGCUAGGUGAAUAAGGCCCAUUCUAUACCAGACUACACAUUGUACUUUUUUAUUGUACCCCCUAAAAAAAAGAGUAAUUGUAAUCUACAAACUACAUUUGUGACACGCAGUAAUGGAAUUUCCUUCCAAUAUCGUUUGAGGCAUAUCAAAAAAGAGGCAAAGAACACAAGUCAAAUGCAGUGGAUUAAUUAUGAAAUUAAGCAAAUAAUAGAUUUUUCUAUUCUCUGUUGGCUUAGUACUAGGGCAUGGGGUGGGCGCGGGUGCACAAAGGGUGGGAUGAGGUUGGUAAUGAUAUUAAAACCACAGUGGGAAUGACGGGGAUGUGUGUUCCCCAUUGGUUAAGGCUGUGUGAAGAGCAGUGUUAGACCUCCACUUACUGGGUGUGAAGCAGUGAAUAGUAAUAAUUAGCAGGAUCAUGAACCAAGUAUAUGGGUCACAGCCAGUGUAGGUGUGUGUGUGUGUGUGUGUGUGUGUGUGUGUGUGUGUGUGUGUGUGUGUGUGUGUGUGUGUGUGUGUGUGUGUGUGUGUGUGUAUGCGUGCGUAGGGGUGUGUGUGUGUGCGUGCAUGCGUGUUUGUGUGUCUGGCGUGCGUGUCUGUGUGCGUGUAUAUGUGUGAGUGUCUGUGUGUCUAUCGGUGUGCAUGCGAUUGUGUGUCUGUGUGUGUGUCUGUGUGGUGGUGCUUGCAUAUGACUGUGUAUGUGUGUGUGUGUGUGUGUGUGUGUGUGUGUGUGGGUGUUGGCUAGUGAGUGCAUCUAUAUAGGAGCCGGUGAGUGCAUUAACAGAGCAUGCAUACACAUAGAUAGGAAAAGAUAAACGAAGCCAAGCAGUGAAAGGAUGGAUUAUCCUUUGACAAACACACCAGAAACCCGCAGUAUGCGUCUUUAUUGGCUAAUAUCUGGUAAACAUCCAAGCUAAACGUAUAGUCUGGCCACCGCAUUAGCAUUAAUUCGAGCCGUCGCAAAAAUAUGUCAGAGGAAAUUGGUGCAAUUGGAGUCAUUUGAAGCGCACACAUUCAGGCAACAAACACACGCUGCGUUAUGGUGAAAAUUGUCCAUUCCUGAUAUGUCACAGGGCUUGAUUAGGAUUCCAGGCUCUUCAGCAUGUGCUCCCGGGGUCUCGGGCUGUGGAAAACAUUUUUAUAAAAUAACCCAUUAAUGCAGAGGAGUGCAACUAAAUUAGUUACCAAUUUGCUGAGCAUGAAUUAAUGAAGAGAGCUUCUUCCAGCUCCCACAGUUGUAAUUUUCAUAAUAACCCCAGACCUUUAUUUGGCAGGUUGUUUAGUUUUUUCGUUUGAAGGUUUUCAUUAGUCUAAUGAGGACUGUGCAAGGGCGAGCAGUCAGCACAAUUUACAUGAGGAAGCUAUCAUAAUAAAUGAGGCAAUUUGAAUAACAUGCACAGGUUUAUGCAGCGACAUAAGAGAGAUUGUAGCAAGUCGGAUCCAGAGGUAACCAAUACAUUAGAUACAACUAAUAACCAAAGUAAUUCCAAUAAAAGCUCUUAAGUGAAGGAAAUAAAAUUAAUGACAUAUAUAUAUAUAAUUAUAUAAUAAUAUAUCUGUAUCUAUUGAACAGUAAUGAUAUGAUGCAUGGUGCAUUAGAUUAAUAAAGUAAAUGGCGUUCCCAUUGUGUGAAGGCGUGUGGAACGCGGCGGCGUUCCGACGGUUUGUUUAUGGCGAGCAUUUUAAUUAGGCUCGCUCAACGCAUCAGUUUGUUUAGACAAAUGAGAUAACAUUCCAGUGGUUUAAUGAUAUCCCUCCACUUGUUUGAUCUUUAUGAUCCUGGGUAGAGCGCUAGAUUAAUCCCAUGCAAUACACUCUGAGAGGGGGGCCCACAGCCAGGCAUAAUGGGGGGUUUGCUGUGUGCCUAACCCCCCCCCCCCCCCCCCCCCCCCCUCCACACUCCUAACCACAUACACACACACGCACACACAACCGCACACUCCCAUUGCCCCCCCUGUCCCCCAGCUCCUAUGGAUGCUAGUUAAACAACGCAAACACCUCGGAGACCGUAACGUCGCACACGGCAUCGAAUUCCGUCCAAUCAGCGGCCUGUGUCUUUCUCCUGCUCAUCUCUGUUGAUGAAGGACACAGACGGCUGUUUGUUGUUGGGAAGAAAAUAAGAAAUAAAUAAAAAACGUUUCAGAAGUUGUGUCACCGGUGCAGACUAACCAGAUGGUGGUUGUUUUUUAGUUUUUUUUGAUAAGCUGGGGGGGUGAGGGGGGAUUAUUCCUUGAACUUGAUUAAUAUUUGUCCAAAUUUUGCGCGAAAAUAGAAGAAAGAUCGGAUGAUGUUUGAGGGGGGAAAAAAGAGUGGUAAAAAACCUAACUGUCAUCUCACAUGUGACUAAUUGAAUUGCUUCAAACAGAAAGUGUGUGCCAAAGCUUUAGACAAGCCUCUGUCUUAUGAAACAGCAGGUAGCUGGCAAACAAGGAGACGUUUGAAAAAAAAAGUGGCACGGAAGCCUUUGGCUGUAAACUCACUUUGGACAUCAAACACUUGACAUUAUUUUAUUUCCUCAGGGAAAAGGUGUUUCAAACGCAAGCCAUAUGCAUGAACGUUGAACGUUCAUGUGUGCGUAGUAAGUGUAUCAGUUAAACACCAUGUGGCAGAUUUUAUGAAAAAUACUUAAGGCCUACAGCGAAUUUCAGCACUUGUUUUCUUCAGUCACACAUGCCAGCAUUCUUUCCUCCCUUGGGAAAGAGAAAUGUAUGACUGGGAAGUCAGGAGCUAACACAGUUUGUAAACUUGAGGCUGCAAAGCAUAUGCCGAAAAAGGAGUGUGACCCACUGUUAAAGCAACGUUGCCAAAUACCCGGGUUUAAACGAUAUAUAUAUAUAUAUACGCCUUUGGACAUGUGUUAAUAAUGUCCCAACCUUCCAUUUGCACCAAUGGUUGGUGAUUGUGGUUAAUAUGUCACCUAAUGUGUGGAGGACUCAAAAGUCCUCUCUCCUGGGCUCUCCAUUCAUUCAUUUACUACACGGCUGUGAAGAAGACAACGAUUCUUUAUUCCCUUUUUGAGAACGAAAAGGAUUCAGUCCUGGCUCUCUUGCCAAUGCCUUCAGGGCCAACACGUUGUGUACCUGUUUGCAGUCCUGCCUCGCUGCUUCCAUGAUUGAGCGGCAGAGGAAACAGGAUCACGGUCCACAGCUGGAUAAGGGAUACACAUCUUCCACUUGCUGCUGUCGGGAAGCCGUUGUAGAGUAGAGGAAUAGGGUGAGGAGUAUGCUCACAAAUCAAACUUAAGAUGACUAUCUAAAGUCUGAUGGCAGACCAGCUCAAAUGUGGAUGAACGGGAGGUUUCACUUUCUUUCGCUUCACAUUUGUAUCCAACACAUGCGGGAAUCUGUGAGUGCGUAAUUGGCAAACCCAUGCCCGGCCAGCAGUAGUAAACCCUCAAAAGGUGUUUGAAAAGGUUGCAAAUCAACACUGUGUGGACUGGCCACUGUAGAAAGACUGGCCAUUUCUGAAAGCCUCUUGCGCAAAUUGGUUUUUUUCCGUAGAAUAUCUCCGUAACAAAAUAGGGGACGAGGCAUAGCUCCGCCCCUUGAUGUUUCUGAGGUCCAGCCCAGGCUCUGUGCCGUCUCCCCCUCUGAAGUUCUGCUUUCAUAUUGUUGGACUGCUGGAUCAGAGACGAGGUAAGGAGAAAGAUAAAAGCUUUAGAAAACAGCCUUUGUUGCCCUUUUUCAUUGUGGCUUGCAUAUGCACAUGUAACGAUAAUUAAACAUAUUCCAAAGGCCUUUUGCAUCGACGAAGAAGUACCACCGUCGGUUUCUUCUCGAAGUUUUGGUCGGAUGAUGCACUGACGUUGAUCGGCAUCCCUGUAUGUGUAUGCUAUCAUUAAAAAAAAGCUUGAUAUGUUCACCGUAAGCUUCUUCCCGCUCUCUCAUCUUGCUGACUUUAAUGCAUGGUGUUGUGUUCGUUCCUCCCAAUGUCCUUGGCGUUUUGCGGGGCUUCAAACGCACUGCUGACUACCUGACUUUUUCUUUUGCCGAAGUCGGGAUUCAAGAUCAUUAGCCAUCACAGGGCCAAAAAUGUGACUUGGCAGACAAUAAUACUUUAUGAUCAAACAACUUGUCAGUGCGUCCCCGUCGAAAUGAAAGAGUGCAAAAAAAUAAUUCAAUAGAGGAUCAAUCAAAUUUCGCCCCGGCCCGUGUGACAAAGAUUGCUGAUGGUGCAGAAAGGGGGCAAUUCCUCCAGGACACACGAGUUCAUUUGGAUAUUUGUUCUCCCCUCCUCAUGAAUGUUCCAUCGCGUGACACCAUCUCCUGCUAAUCUCAUUUCAAGCAAA